AUGAUUACACGCAUCAACUCAGUACCACCGCCGGUAGAGGAGGCAGGCAGCGACUGUUUGCUCUGGCGUCACAGGGAGAAUGACUACAAAGCAUGGUUCUCUUCGAAGAACACUUGGAAUCAGAUAAGAAGACAAGGCGACACAGUGGAAUGGAGCAAGCUAAUCUGGUUCUCACACACUGUUCCUCGCGACUCGUUCAUCGCGUGGCUGGCCAUCCGCAAUAGGCUCUCGACUGGUGACCAUACUCAAAUAUGGGGCGAGCAUCAGUCAUGUCGAUUGUGUGGUGAGCCAAACGAGUCCCGCGACCAUCUCUUUUUUGUGUGUCCGUAUUCAUAUACGAUUUGGACAGAGCUCACAAGCUCUCUCCUGCCUAGACCAAACCCAGACUGGGGCAUCACAGUUACAAUGCUGUUAUCGCCUCGCAGGUCUAAUACUGACUCAUGUCUUCUUCGGCUCUCCUUCCAAGCUGUAAUACACAGUGUGUGGAGGGAACGGAACAGCAGGAAACACACAGGCGUUUACCGUACAGCUCAACAGCUCACGCGGUUCAUAGACAAGACUAUACGCAAUCGCUCCUCGCUACGUUACAAGAGCGCAGAGAAGUGCAGUGCUCUGAUGAUUCGUUGGAUGGGAAGGAAUGAGUAA